GUGACUUUUAUGAGAGUUCUGCUUGUUACAAAAAUUUGUUUUUCAUUACUGCCCUUUCUCUUUCCUUUUAGCAGGGGGACAGCUGGUUUGCCAAACAACAACAUGAAUAGGUACGGCAAACAAAAGGAGAGAUCGGGAUCUCCUGAAAGCUGUGUCUCCAUGGAGACUGAGAAGUCAAGAGAGGCACCUAUAGCAUUCAAUGAGGGAAACAACUGUAGUAAUGCAGAAACUAAUGACUGUAAAGGCUCCGAGGUGUCCAGUGAUCCGGCUGCCCAACAUCUGCAAAAAGACUUGGAUUCCAUUUUUCAGUCCGUUGAAAAGGAAAUUGUCUGUUUUGUGAAGAAUGAGUUGAAGAAGUUCAAGAAAGUUCUAAGUUCAGCAGAUUCAAGUUUAGACAACCAAGAAGAAAAUGAGGACAUGCUUGACAAGGAUGAGGUAGCAUACAAAAGAAGUACAGAAGAGGCUUUUCUAAAGAUCACGCUAAUCUUUCUGAGGAAAAUCAAAGCAAACAAGCUGGCUGACUCUCUACAGAACAAAUCCCCUGGAGCAUGCCAGUAUAAAUUCAAGUCUAAUUUGAAGGAGAGAUUUCAAUGUUUGUUUGAGGGAAUUGCCAAAGCAGGAAACCCAACACCUCUGAAUGAAAUCUACACAGACCUCUAUGUUACAGAGGGAGAAACUGGAGGGAUCAUAGCUGAACAUGAGUUCAGGGAGAUUGAAACAACAAAAUCCUCCAGCUCAGAAAAAAUAAUCAGGUGUGAUGAGAUCUUCAAACCUGAAAAGGAUCGCCCAACCAGAACAGUCAUGACAAAGGGAGUGGCUGGGAUUGGGAAAACCAUUUUAACACAAAAGUUUGCACUGGACUGGGCUGAAGACAAAUCCAACCGCAAUAUACAGUUCACAUUUCCUCUCACAUUCCGGGAGCUAAAUUUGCUGGGAGGGAAGACGUACAGUUUGGUAGAACUUAUUCAUCACCUCUUUAAUGCAACAAAAGAAGCAGGAGUCUAUAGGUUUGAAAAUUACAAAAUUGUCUUCAUUUUUGAUGGCUUGGAUGAAUGUAGGCUUCCUCUGGACUUUAACAGAAAUGAAAUUGUGACUGACAUCACAGAGUCCACCUCAGUGGAAGUGUUGUUGACAAACCUUAUCAGGGGAAAACUACUCCCAUCCGCCCUCCUCUGGAUAACCACACGGCCAGCAGCAGCCAGUCAGAUCCCUCCUGAGUAUGUUGACAUAGUGACAGAGGUGAAGGGCUUCAAUGACCUACAGAAGGAAGAGUACUUCAGAAAGAAAAUUGGGGAUGAGGUCAAUGCCAACAUUAUUAUCGCACACAUCAGAAGAUCACAAAGCCUUAAUGCCAUGUGCCAAAUUCCAGUCUUCUGCUGGAUCACAGCUACAGUUUUGCAGGAUGUGUUGAAAAGCAGAGAUGGAGGAGAGCUGCCAAAAACCAUGACUGAGAUGUAUGUUCACUUUUUGGUGGUUCAGACCAAACUGAACAACAAAAAGUACCAUGGGACUAAUGAGACAGACCCACACUGGAUUCCUGAGAACAAAGAACUGAUUGGGUCUUUAGGAAAACUGGCUUUUGAGCAGCUGCAGAAAGGCAACCUGAUCUUCUAUGAAUCAGACCUGAGGACUUGCGGCAUUGAUAUCAUAUCAGCAUCUAUCUACUCUGGAGUUUUUACACAGAUUUUUAAAGAAGAGCAAGGCCUCUACCAAGACAAGGUGUUUUGCUUUGUUCACCUCAGUGUUCAAGAGUUCCUGGCAGCCCUUUAUGUUGAUUUGAUCUUCUCCAACACUGGGAUCAAUCCCCUGGAACCUGAGGAACUACCUACACAAACAUCCAAACCGUCAAGCAAUAAAUAUCUAUUUUUCUACCAGAAAGCAGUAGACAAAGCUUUGCUGAGUCCUAACGGACAACUUGAUUUGUUUCUUCGAUUUCUUCUGGGUCUCUCUCUGGAUACCAAUCAAAAGCUUCUACAAGGGCUGCGGAUACAGGCACAAAGUGACACCAAAACCACUGAAGAAACAGCUGAGUAUGUUAAAGAGAAAAUCAGGGAGAAUCCAUCUCCUGAGAAAAGCAUCAACCUUUUCCACUGCCUAAAUGAGUUAAAAGAUAACUCUUUAGUGAAAGAGGUUCAACAGUAUCUUAAUUCAGGAAGCCUCUCCAGCAAACCCCUAUCUUUAUCUCAUUGGUCAGCUCUGGUUUUCAUCUUACUGUCAUCUGACGAAGACCUAGACCAGUUUGACCUGCAGAAAUAUUCUCCUUCAGAAGAAGCACUUCUAAGGCUGCUACCAGUGGUGAAAACCUCCAAAAAGUCUUUACUGAGAAGCUGUAAUCUAAAUGAGAAAAGCUGUGUAGCUGUGGCAACAAUUCUCAGCUCUGAGUCUACCUGUUUGAGACAGCUGGACCUGAGUAACAAUGAUCUGCUUGACUCAGGAGUCAGGUUGCUCUCCGCUGGUCUCAUGAAUCCAAACUGUAAACUAGAGGUUCUCUGUCUUUCAGGUUGUCUGAUCACAUGUGAAGGCUGCUUGUCUCUGGCCUCAGCUCUAAGUUCCAACCCUUCACAUCUGAGAGAACUGGACCUGAGUUAUAAUCAUCCAGGAGACCUCGGAAUAAAACUACUCACUGAUGGAGUGGAGAACCCUCAGUGGAGACUUGACACUGUCAGGCUGGAUCAUGUUGGAGCGCAAUGGAUGAAAGCAGGGCUACAGAAAUAUGCAUGUGAGCUCAGAUUGGACCUGAACACAGCAAACAAACAUGUCCUCCUAAAAGAGAACAACACUAAAGCAGAAGUUGUGAGUCAGGAGCUUCCAUAUCCUGAUCACCCUGACAGAAUGGAUUUACUCUAUGGGGUGUUGUGUACACAUGGUUUGACUGGUCGCUGUUACUGGGAGGUUGAGAGGAAAGGAUGGCUUUCCAUAGGAGUUGCUUACAAAGGAAUGGAACGGAAGCAAACAAAUAAUGAGAGCAGAUGUGGAAGGAAUGACAAGUCCUGGGCUCUGUUUUCUCUUGAUAAUCAGUUCUCUGCGUGGCAUAAUGAUGAAGCAAAAUCAUUCAAUGCGCCCGACUCACCUGUUCCAGAGAGAGUAGCUGUAUAUCUGGAUUGGUAUUCUGGUACUCUGUCUUUCUACAGAGUCACUGCAGAGACACUGAUCCACAUCCACACCUUCCACACUACAUUUACAGAGCCUGUUUACCCCAUCUUUGGCUUUAGGGCUUAUUCUGCAAUGUCUCUGUGUCACAUGUCAGAAAAAUCACUGGAACUCCAAAUGGUUCCCUCUGAAUGAACAAGAAGAGAAAUGGAAUGACUAAAGAGGCCUCCAUGCACUGCAUGUUAAUGGAGUACAUUAGUGAUGAUAGAGACAAGGAGCAAAAGCCAAAGCCCGAAGGGAAACAGUUGUGAUUUUUCAACAGGAGCCAAAGCAUAUGUAAUUUAAAGUCGUAAGCACCAACUAAUACAAUAAAAACUAGAUUUGCUCAAAACAUCUAUUGUAAUUGUUUUAGAAGUAAUCAUAUCUUUAGAAUGUUAAAUAUUAAAUUCAGGGUUUUAGCAAACAAAAUACAGAUUUUUAACCUUGUUUAACAUCAGUUGUGGGCACAGUCACCCUAAACUGAAAAUAAAUAAUUGCAGAGCCAACUUUUCAUUCAGAGGUUUAGAAACGGUUUGGGGACUGGUUAGCAUCCACUUUAUUAUAUUUUGUUAUGUUUUAUUAUAUUGUAGAUGUUAUGGGACUGUCCCCUUUGGGACAUUUAAUUAGCAUGGGAAAACAUGUUUCUACACAGCAAUGAUUAAACAGAUUUUCAUUUGUGUUUUUCAAGUCAAAAAAUGGUGCAUAUUAAACAAUAUUGAUAUUGAUGUUACAACAGUAAGUAACUCAAAGCAGAGUUCAUGCCAAAUUUCCCCAUUGUGGGACAAUAAAGGAAUAUCUUAUCUUAUGCAUUGUGCCUGAUUUUAUACACCCCAUUUCCAUUAUUUGCAUGUGUGAGUAGAUCAUUUUGGUAAUAUAGUGCAUAUGUUGGAGCUCCUGUUCCACCAUUUCCUUUAAACCAGGAGUUCUCAAAUUGUGUCAACACUUUAAAAAUAAAUAUAUUUAAAAUAAUAAAGUACCAAACUAAUACAUAGAAUAUAGAAGGUGAAGGCUAUAGUUCCACAUUCAUGUACAGUAGGUGGCGGUAUGCACCAUUGAUAUUUUUGUUCCGAAUAAGAAAAAUUAUUGUGCUGUUUCUAGAAUUGAAGACGUCAAAGAUAUGGGUACAUAGCUGCCGCCUGAAAAGGAAGCCAGAGGUGUCCCAAAUGUGGUGCUGAUCAUAAAUUUGAAGAAUGUAAAGAUGAUGUGCUGGAAAAUUGCUGUAACUGUGGUGGUAAACACAGAGUGGCAUAUGAGAAGGUCAGGAAAAGGGCAGUAUAAAUCCAACAACUUAAAACAAUCAAUAAGAUAAACUGUCCAGAGGCAUUGAAGAGGGUUGAAAAAAAUAAUAAAAGUUGGAGAAUUUAUCAUGAACCAGCAUAAGUUUGGACAGGUAUACACAGAUAGGCCCUUUGACUUGGAAUAUAUAAUAGUAGACGUUUGGACUGAAGAUGGAAAAAUUUAUUUUCUAAACAGACCUGCAACUUUUUUUGCCCCCUCUUCGGGGUCUUGAGUAACUAAACUUGACAGAGUGUGCAUAUUGGCUCACAGCAUCUUAAGCCCUAAGUGAUGAAGCGGGUUAAAGGAGCCCAGAGAGAUCGAUCUGAUGUGGAGGUAGAUGCUGUCUCAAGACUUAUAUAGGUUAUCUAGCAAGCAAACUGUGGGGGAAGGUGAAAUUUUACACCUCAGGCAGUUUGAUAAGUCCUUACAUAUCUGGACCCAGAACCUCUGAACAGGUGUACAUAACUAUAGUGCAUGAAUAUAAUUGUCAGUAUUAUUGCCUGUGCACUGUGGACAUAUUAGAUUGAGCAAAACCCAUCCUGAACAAUCUUUGACCUGUAUAGUGUGCUCUGAGAAGGAUUUUGUUUUGUAUUAGUUGUAAAUUCGGGUUUCUAGGCAAUUCAAAAGUUCUUUAAACAUAUCUGAGACCAAGUGUUUUGUUCAAAGCUGAACAAAUCUUCCCGUUUCAUAAGGAAGACAUAUUGAAUCAUCUAGUUUAGACAGUGUCCUGUAUAAUUUAGAUAGUUCUGUGGGGUUUAGAUCCAGGAACUCUAAUACAUUUACUGGAAUUUGUAAACCACCAUUAAUUAGUUUAAUUUAUUUUUAUUAC